GCGCAGGUGCCGGGGGCGGCAGCGGCAACUCCUCGGAGGCGGCUGCCCGGGAGGAGAGUUCGCAGCAGCUCGCGGGAUGCUCCUAGAUGCAAGAUGUGUCUCUGGCCAGCAGGAGGAAGGAAGAGGAAGUGAGAGCAGCGGCAGCCGGCGGCAGCGGCCGGCGACCCGAGUUCUGAGUCCAGGACCCUGCCUUGAGCGCAUCUCUCACUUCCGUCAGUGCUGAGUGCUGAGCUGUAAGAUGACGGAUCCCUGUCCUCCCUGGUCUGCUUUUGGUCAUGAUGCUUAUCACAGCAACAGGAAGCAACACCUGGGACAGGUACCCUUCACAACACCUUCUCCUGUAUAGACACGUGUGACCGUCCACACACUAGGACCCCCACUUCCACCGGCUUCGGACUUCCUCUGGUCCCACAAUGCCGCCACCCGCCGACAUCGUGAAGGUGGCCAUAGAAUGGCCUGGUGCCUACCCUAAACUCAUGGAGAUUGACCAGAAAAAACCUCUGUCUGCAAUAAUAAAGGAAGUCUGUGAUGGGUGGUCUCUUGCCAACCAUGAAUAUUUUGCUCUGCAGCAUGCUGACAGUUCAAACUUCUACAUCACAGAAAAGAAUCGCAAUGAAAUAAAAAAUGGCACUAUCCUCCGACUAACUACAUCUCCAGCUCAAAACGCCCAGCAACUCCAUGAACGAAUACAGUCGUCAAGCAUGGAUGCAAAGCUGGAAGCCCUGAAGGACUUGGCCAGCCUCUCCCGGGACGUUACCUUUGCUCAGGAGUUCAUUAACCUGGACGGCAUCUCACUCCUCACGCAGAUGGUGGAAAGUGGCACUGAGCGAUACCAGAAGUUGCAGAAGAUUAUGAAGCCAUGCUUUGGAGACAUGUUGUCCUUCACUCUCACAGCCUUUGUGGAGCUAAUGGACCAUGGCAUCGUGUCAUGGGAUACAUUCUCCGUGGCGUUCAUUAAGAAGAUAGCGAGCUUUGUGAACAAGUCCGCCAUAGACAUCUCAAUCCUGCAGCGGUCCUUGGCCAUUUUGGAGUCAAUGGUUCUCAACAGCCAUGACCUCUACCAGAAGGUAGCACAGGAGAUCACCAUUGGCCAACUCAUUCCUCAUCUUCAAGGGACAGACCAAGAAAUCCAGACUUACACCAUUGCUGUGAUCAAUGCACUUUUCCUGAAGGCCCCCGAUGACAGGAGGCAGGAGAUGGCUAAUAUUUUGGCUCAGAAGCAGCUGCGCUACAUCAUUUUAACACACGUCAUCCGAGCACAGCGGGCCAUCAACAACGAGAUGGCACACCAGCUGUAUGUUCUGCAAGUGCUGACCUUUAACCUUCUGGAAGACAGGAUGAUGACCAAGAUGGACCCCCAGGACCAGGCUCAAAGAGACAUCAUAUUUGAACUUCGAAGAAUCGCCUUUGAUGCGGAGUCAGAACCUAGCAACAGCAGUGGCAGCAUGGAGAAACGCAAGUCCAUGUACACGCGGGAUUAUAAGAAACUUGGCUUCAUUAAUCAUGUCAACCCUGCCAUGGACUUCACGCAGACCCCCCCUGGGAUGCUGGCCCUGGACAACAUGCUGUAUUUCGCUAAGCACCACCAGGAUGCGUAUAUCCGGAUUGUGCUUGAGAACAGCAGCCGGGAAGAUAAGCACGAGUGUCCAUUCGGCCGCAGCAGCAUAGAGCUGACCAAGAUGCUCUGCGAGAUCCUGAAAGUGGGCGAGCUGCCUAGUGAGACCUGCAAUGACUUCCACCCGAUGUUCUUCACCCAUGACAGAGCCUUCGAGGAGUUCUUCUGCAUUUGUAUCCAGCUUCUGAACAAAACAUGGAAGGAAAUGAGGGCAACUUCCGAAGACUUCAACAAGGUAAUGCAGGUGGUGAAGGAGCAGGUUAUGAGAGCGCUUACAACCAAGCCUAGCUCCCUGGACCAGUUCAAGAGCAAACUGCAGAACCUGAGCUACACCGAGAUCCUGAAAAUCCGCCAGUCUGAGAGGAUGAACCAGGAAGAUUUCCAGUCUCGCCCGAUUUUGGAACUGAAGGAGAAGAUCCAGCCAGAAAUCUUAGAGCUGAUCAAACAGCAGCGCCUGAACCGCCUCGUGGAAGGGACCUGCUUUAGGAAGCUCAACGCUCGUCGGAGACAAGACAAGUUUUGGUAUUGCCGGCUUUCACCAAAUCACAAGGUCUUACAUUAUGGCGACUUGGAAGAGAGUCCCCAAGGAGAAGUGCCCCACGAUUCCCUGCAGGACAAAUUGCCGGUGGCAGAUAUCAAAGCAGUGGUGACGGGAAAGGACUGCCCUCAUAUGAAAGAAAAAGGUGCCCUUAAACAAAACAAGGAGGUGCUUGAACUUGCGUUCUCCAUCUUAUAUGACUCAAAUUGUCAACUGAAUUUUAUCGCUCCUGACAAGCAUGAGUAUUGCAUCUGGACAGACGGCCUGAAUGCACUGCUUGGGAAGGACAUGAUGAGUGACCUGACCCGGAAUGACCUGGACACCCUGCUGAGCAUGGAGAUCAAGCUCCGCCUGUUGGACCUGGAAAACAUCCAGAUCCCAGAUGCGCCUCCGCCCAUCCCGAAGGAGCCCAGCAACUAUGACUUCGUCUAUGACUGUAACUGAAGUGGCUGGGCCCGGACACAUUCCUCCCAAACUGGAAGAUGUAGCUAUCAGUAGAGAGGAGUGCAAACACACCCACAUGUUGGGACUGUCCUUCAGUGGAGGGAAGCUGCGGGCCAACCCUUCCUUUGGC